AUAAUCCAUAGAGAAUACAUUGACAUAAAUGUCAUGACGCCAUCGACGGCGUCCGUUUACAAAUUUUUGAAUUCAUAGAAGUUAUAUUUAUAUUGGUGAUAAAAGCAGAAUAAAUAAAAUCAUAAUGGAUAAUAUCAUGAAUGAAACUGAGGUUAACCAAUCUUUCAGAUCACCUCCACGACGGAGACGAUCAACGUUUUUUGAAAGAAGAGAUUCUAUAGUGCCUACUAUUACGGACAAUGUGGAACAACAAUCGUGCAAAACAGAUACAAAUGAUACGAAACGAUCACAGGACUUAAUGAAGUAUUAUGAAAAGUUAUUGGUUGAGAAAGAACAAUGGAAGAAGGAGGUAAACGACAGAAGGAAUAAAUAUCACGAUCUAAGACAGCAAUACCAAAUAUCUGUAAAGGCUUCAAGCAGAUCACGGAUGUCAUAUGCAGCACUAACAAAUGAAGAUAUAGAGUUUCUAAAAGCAAAACCGAACAUAUCAAAACUUGCAGAUGCUCAGCAAAAGUUACACAAAUCAGUAAAAGAGACUGUUGCCUUGGUGAAAAGGAUGAAUGAACUUGAUGAUGUUGUGUUAAAACAUAGUGAAAAUAUUGUCAACACUAUAACAGAGUACAUACUGGAGAAUAGUACAGUAGAGCCUAUGGCUGAGUAACAUAAAAAUAUAGUCAAUAUAUUGGGAUAUAUAAGGCUGUAGGAGCAUACCUAUAUUUAUUAGCAUAUUUAUGUACAUAUAUUAUGGAAUACUGACAUACCUUCAAAAGGCAGGUGCCUUUUUCUAGAUUUGUACAUAACAUCCUUUUUCCGCAUCUGUUCCGUACUCUCCUACAGUCAUAUGAUAACCAUUAAAAUUUGAGUAAUAAAAACAUAUAAAGUUUAAGGUAGUAAGAUUAAGAUCUAUGACAGAAACAUGUAAAAAGAGGCAUAUGUGGUGUGUAGUUAUAUGAGCAUUAUUUUGUUGGUCAAAUAAGUUUCUUAUAGGAUAAAAGCAUCUAUUGAUAUAAACCCAUAAUAUUUUUGCAUCAUUGUUAUUCAGAUACUUCGAGUCCACGGGCAUAGCCAUGCAGCAUAGUGUUGCAUGGCUAUGCCCCUGAGUUCUCUCUUAGCCCACACCUACAUUAAAUUAGCAAGCACCCAAAAAUAUGCACUGUCUUAAUGGGCCGUCAACAAAUUUUGAUAUAGGGCUACACUUUGGCAAGCUAUAUUCGAAAUCUAAAUAAUUAGUGAGCUUAACAUUAAUUAUAAUAAGUUAUUUUUACGACUGUAAAAAAUAUUUAAAGUGCAUAUAUAUACCAUAAUAACAGGUUAAUUCAAUUAAUAAAUACUGUGCCAUACAGAAAAUUUCCAUAACAAAUAUUUAAGUUUCCUUCAUGUAAUUUUUAAUGAUCUGCUGAUAUUUUAGGCAAGUGUAUAUUGUAAAUAGUUUUGUAGUUCUUAUAUUUGAUACUUGCUUUGUACAUAAAGUAAAUCAUGCCUAAUGUAAAUAAUUACCAAUAAAAUAACUAAC